AGUACUGGAGUACUGGCAUGCUAGUUCGAAUGGCAGUAUCUUACUGGAGCAUAAAAUUGAAUAUCACAUUACUACGAAUAAUAACUUUAAACCAUUUUGAUGAGCAAUCGUAUGCAAAAGUGUAAAAUGUGUACCUGUCAGUGGUUAUUAGUUUUUUUCUGCUGUGAUUGCUACAUUAUGACUUGAAGCAGUUCCAUUUCUAUGGCAGUGAUUAAAAGUACAAAUAGAAUAACAUUUGUGUCAGUAGGUGUAUCAAUAUUAUUAGCAACAUUGUUCGUACUUCAGAUUGAACUGAAUAGGAACUAUUUUUUGCCUUUGACGAUACAUGUAAAGCAAGAUCAACAUUUUGAUAUAUGUAUUGUCGGAGCUGGCUUGUCAGGGACAGUAGUGGCGGAAAGAUAUGCUGCAACAACGAAUAAAUCUAUACUUGUAUUGGAAAAAUGCAGUCAUGUUGGUGGAAAUUAUUAUGACUUUAUUGAUAAAGAAACUAAAAUUCGUGUUUCUAAAUAUGGUGCGCACCUUUUUCAUACAAAAUACAAACAUGUUUGGGAAUAUGUGCAACACUUCAGCGAAUGGGUUCCGUACGAACAUAAAGUUCUAGCUCUGGUUAAAGGAAAAUAUGUUCCAAUCCCAGUAAAUAUUGAUACUGUCAAUUCAUUAUUUAAUCUUAAUAUCAAAUCAGUUAAAGAGAUGAAUUCAUGGUUAAAAAAUGAACAGGUACAUUAUAAUCGUUCACCAUUGAAUUCAGAGGAAAUGGCAUUGUCUCGUGUAGGAUUAAAAUUGUACGAGCUUUUGUUUAAACCAUACACUGUCAAGCAGUGGAACAAAACUCCUGCUGAAUUAGGACCUUCGGUUUUGGCGCGUAUUCCAGUUAGAAACAACAGUGACGAUCGGUACUUUUCGGAUAGAUUCCAGGCAUUGCCGAAAGACGGUUAUACAGAACUCGUCAACAACAUGUUAAAUUCACCUCAGAUAACUAUACGAUUAAAUAUGGACUAUUUUGAUGUCCGAAGAAGCAUCAAAUGUGGAAAAACAUAUUUUACUGGACCAAUUGACAGAUAUUACGCAAAAAAGGGUUUGGUCGCCCUGGAGUAUCGAUCAUUAUCAUUUGAACGUAGAGUUAUAAAAAAUGUUAACUAUUUCCAACCAGCAAGUGUUGUGAACCAUCCUAAUCCUGAAGAUAAUUUUACUCGAAUUGUUGAAUACAAAUGAUUUCCUAAUCAAAAGCAUCAGUCAAAUGACACUGUAAUAUUCAUUGAACGUUCGACAGACGACGGCGAACCAUAUUAUCCAGUUUCAAACAAAAGAAACCAAGAUUUGUACAAACGCUUCAAAGCAUUUGCAAACUCUGAUUCCUAUAUUCAUUUUCUUGGGCGCUUAGCAAACUAUAAAUAUUUCAAUAUGGAUGAAGCAAUUAAAAAUGCACUUGAAAUAUUCUAUAAUUCAGUAAACAAUAGUCUUUAGCAUUACCAUUUUAACAGUGAUUUGAAGGUAAUGUCUGUACACUAUUCUAACAAUAAUUUUAGUUGGCUGCAAUUUAAAGUACGGGUAUUCACAUAUAUUUCCAUUUAUUAUAUAUUUUGUAUAGACAGAAAUAUCCCCAAAUAACAACGCUAGUUUUAUAAAAACAACCUAUAAUAUGUUUAAAGCCAUCUUGCAACAGGAUGGUAUGAGCAAUCUGAAGAGUAUUUUAUUACUGAUAUUGCUGUUAAUGCUAACUUCAUAAUUACUAAUAUGCAACUUAAUUUUGUGAUAUAUAAACCUUCUGUGAUAUUUUAGCUACUGUCUGGUAUUUAGACGCAUAAUUAGUGAGCAUAUUUCAUAUAGAUCUUUUAAUUCAUGUUUGACUUUUGAGAUGAAAAUGUUUACAUUUAAGUUGUUAAUGACAUGCCUUUUUUAUCCGGUUCCAUCUUAUUUCAUUUAGGUUAAACUUGACACAAUUAGUAAAAAGCUUCCCGGCGUAAUGUGUUAUUCAUGCAACCAUAGAUCAAAUCAUUUUUA